AUUCUGAUCUUCACUGUAAAUAUAGCCUGUCUGCAGACCUGAUGCAAAUCAAAUAAUUUGCAUUAGCUAGAAACGGCUGAUAUAUAUAACGUUUGUUCAGGCAAGACUCAAUCAAUAAAACAGGAGAAACAGGUGGAACGGACUAUCAUCGUGCUGGGAGAAUGCUGUUCAAAGUUCUUCUUAUAUUCUGUGCUUUGCUCUGUUGUGCGAAGGCCAAAGUACGCUGUCCAAAAAUUAAACACUCUUCACCUUAUAACCAUGUUGUUGAAGUGGGAAACAUUGCUCGUCUGAAAUGCGAUUUCUUGAGGUGGGAUUCAUCCUGGAGUUUUAGCUGGUACAAAGACGGCAAGAUUAUUGCUGGAAAAAAGAUGUAUUAUGGUAGAGUGAAGUCGAGGUUUAGGCAAAAAAGAGGCGCGGUGUCUCUCUUGAGGAUUAAACCUGUAUGGGUGCAGGACAGUGGAAUCUACGAAUGUGUGGCUAGAAGUCGAUACUGCAUUGUUGGGAAACGACUUCGCUUGACUGUCUCGGGUUCUUCCAAGUUCGGCGGGAUAAAAGGGGAAGGAGCACCGUGGUUCACAAAGCUGAUGCCAGCACGUCAGUUCAUCGUCUGGCAAGCGCCAUAUGAUAUAACUUUGCGUUGCCCAUCUGAUGGAGAACCACCCUUGAAGUAUCAAUGGCUGAAGGACGGGAAAGCCGUAACAUACCGUCGCUUAGACCCAAAGGUUGAUUCUACAAAGUGGCAUUUGAGAAUCAAAACAGCCGUUCCAUCCGACAAUGGUUUGUACAAAUGUAUCGUGUCAAAUAGACUGGGAAAUAUAUCAAAUGAUUUUAAGUUGGUUGUACAAGAAAAGGGACCAUUACGUCCAGUGUUGUCCAAUCGUUUCCCCGUCAACAAAACUGUUCGUAUUGGCGACAACGUGACAUUUCAAUGUAUAGAGCUCUUUAGCCCGAUGUUGACUGACUAUCGUUGGCUUCACUGGAAGAAACUGCCUCCUAGUUACCCGGAGUUGAACCUUGCAGAAAUACCUUCCGCCAAUUCCUCGUAUUAUACAUUGAUUAAUCAUCGACAUUAUAAAGCGUUUGACGUCGAAGAAAAGGACGGAAAAUACGGGGGGAGAGUUCAUAUAAAUAAUGUUACAAAAAAAGACGAAGGAAUGUACACUUGUUUGAUCACAAAUAGUGUUGGCCAAGGUUCAAGGAAUGCGUUCUUAAGAGUUGUAGAUUCAGAAAUUUCAAAACCACUGGAGAGCGAUGAUGAAACAGAAAAACGUGGUAGCAGGAAGAUGGCUUGCUCUGUCUUGAUCACAACAGCAAGGCCUGAAUUCAACCGAGGCAAACAAUACAGAAACCUUACCAUUACUUUGAAAUCUGUGAGACCAGACGACGCCAACGCGUAUGCAUGUAAUGUGUCAGAUCGCUACGACUCUAUAAACAUGACCGUCAUGACGUCUGAACAAAAUGGAAUCGAAAGAAGCAAACCCAUUCUGGAAGAUUUUCGUAACGUGAAAGCGAUCAAGGGAGAGAGUGUGUCGUUGACCUGCAAGGCGUUCACCAUGAACAGGCCAAAGUUGAUUUGGUUUAAAUUCGACAAAAUCUUAAAACAGUAUAAAUUGGUCCUGGAAGGAGAUCGCGUUAAAUUUGAAGCCGUUGAGGACAGAAGCAUGGGAUGGUAUGGCGAGAGACUUCGUUUAUUGAGCGUUUCGAGUCAAGACUCCACGGAAUAUUUGUGCAUGGGCAUUAAUAUCAUCGGGUCAAAUACUCAAUCGUUGAUGGUCAAGGUUUUGCCAAAGAAAAGCGAAGAAAAUAUAGGUUAAUCAAGCAGAAAUAUCUGAUGGCCGCGUGAUGUCUGGAUUAAUGCUGACGAAUUUUGGUAUGUCCUUUAACAGUUGAUUAACGUGAACAUGACUUAUUGUAAUUGCGAACAUGUGGUUUAAUUUGACUCUAUAAUCUUGUUAUCAAAGUAUAGCUGUAUUUUCAUGAUGAUUUUUGAUGAAAUGUCAAAUGUUUGAAUGUCAUAUCUUAUCGUUUUGAAAUGAUAUUUUUAUGUAUGUACAGUAAUCACCGGCUAACA